UUCUUCUUCUUUACACUAUCCUAUAAAACAACCACCACCACUCACCGGAACCCUAAACCAUUUCAAUUUUCAAACUCAUUUUAAUAGUUGGCAAGUCUUUCUUCUUCUUAAUUUUGUGUUUUGAGGUUGAAGAAAAUGGAAGGAAGAAAUUACGAGACCGAUAUCGAUAACUUUAAGGCAACCGAGCUCACUCUAGGCUUACCGGGAACUGAUCAAAGCUCUAGAGGUAGCAAGAGGACACUCACUGAUGUGACCGAUGAGCCGUUGUCAAAAUCUAGCUCAUCGGAGAUCGAUGAUUCGGUUAAGGGUGGCAAUGAAACAGGACCACCUGUGGCAAAAGCACAAGUGGUUGGAUGGCCGCCGAUUCGAUCUUACCGGAAGAAUAGCUUUCAAGCGAGGAAGGAGAUGGAGGAGACCACCACUGGAAUUUAUGUGAAAGUUAGCAUGGAUGGAGCUCCUUACUUGAGAAAGAUAGAUCUUAAGGUUUAUAAAGGAUAUAAUGAGCUUAGAGAAGGGUUGGGAGACAUGUUCAAGUGUUUCUCAUUAGGGAUGGAAGGUCAAAAUGGAUCUGAGUAUGCAGUCACUUAUGAAGAUAAAGAUGGAGAUUGGAUGUUGGUUGGAGAUGUUCCAUGGGGGAUGUUCAUCUCAUCCUGCAAAAGGUUGAGGAUAAUGAGAGGAACUGAAGCAAGAGGAUUGAGUUCAAGUUCAUGAAUUUUCAUAAUAAAAUUUGGAGAGAUAAAAAACAAAAAAAACAAAAAACUGUUUUUUUGCUUGGUUUUCCAAGUUCUGCAGAGCAGGAUGUGAAGUAGAAAAGAAAAAAAAAAGGAUGAGCAUCAUCACAAGAUCACAACCAAAAAGAAACAAAGUGUAACAGAAAAAGGCAAACAAAAGGAAAGAAAAAGAGAAAUCAUGUAUCUUGUGUAGCAGUGCAUGCUUGCAUGCAUGGCAUCAAUUUCUAGUUUUGUUUUAGACUUCAUUUGUAACAUUUGAAUCCAAUACCAUGUGAUACUGCAUACAGAGACACAUCUUUUGCUUUUUUUCA